CGAUCGAACCUUUCCUUUUUUGAAAUUUGAACGAUUCGCUUUUGCGUUAACGCAAUCCCUCCUUUAUUUAUUCGCCGAUACGCCGCGAUUGCGCUUACGUUAGCAUUUAAAUUAAUCGCUUGUUUUUUGAUUGCACAAGACUAAUCGCUUUUAAUGUAUGAUAUUUCGAGACAUUUGAUAAUUCCGAGAUUACCUAAAUAUUUCGCAACAAAAAUUAUAGGUUUAAUUUAAUAAAGCAAAAUGUUGAAAUCCACUUAAGUUCCACAAUGCAACGAGUAAUGUCAAUCAAAACAUCCGAUGUGUCCAAAAAAAAAAACAAAAAAAACAAAAAAAAAGACGAUGAAUCUACAGUGGCAAAUAUCAUCCGGUAUUUCAUCGGCUCAACGAUGAAAGCUUGCGCUCUCCACAUUUGCAACGUAGAAUUCGUAAUCGCGCUAUAUACAGGUGAAACGAUCUAGCGCGUAUCGCGCUCUCCCUCUCUCCUUCCGUCGCUCGCGAGUCGUACUUCGUCGCUCCCACCCGCGCUCCGUAUUUUUCAACUUUUCGGUUCGGCACGGGAAAGCAUCCGCGCGGUGCAUAAUACAUUUGUGUUCGCGCAGAAAUAUCGCUUGCGCAAAAUGUAAAAGGUUACACGGAGGCGCGCGCGAGCACGACCGACCUCCGUCGGUUUCAUAAGAACGGUACUACGGUAACUUUCUUGCCACGCCUAAUGUCAAGAUCGCAACGUCAACUGCACGUCGAUUAUUUUGGAUCGAUUUUUUAUUUUUAGAUCGAAAAAAGCGUGUACCCUGCAUUUAAUGAAUAAAAAGGUCCGUGUUUAAUUAUGAGCGAGAAUUGCGAGAAAAAUUGCGAUGAGAAGGAGCAGUCAGAACUCUGCCAGAUAAUCCAAAAGUUUUCAUUUUAUUCGAAAUACCAAGCGAUUGUUUACGCUCCAAAAAUGCUGUCUGUUUAUAUUUUUAAAAAAUGUGCUGCGACGCAAAUUUUGCGAAAUCAAAUUUCGCUACGUCCUACCAAAUUAUUUUCUACGUAUAAAAAAAUUGAUUAAGAGUACAGCUGAGACAAAUGCCAAUUACUUGCGCGCAUACUCACCGCUGUGCGAGGCGUAAUGUGGCCAUUAUAGGUGACAUUCACCGGCUGCAUAGACGUCGACACCUCAAGUGCUGACGGUAACGCGGUCAUUGUAUGGUGUACCGAUACACAAGUGUUCUUGCAAACGGGAAAAAUACACGGGAAUCUCGCAAGCUCAGCGAUUGUGGAGAACGAAUUAUAACUAAAAAAAUUACAAGAUAAAAAUUAGCGAUUUAUUUUUUGCAAUCAUAGUUUUUUUUUUUAAGUCGAUUCGCGCAAUUAUGUUGAUUGCAAAGUAAAACAAACAGUUAGUACAUUUAGCAGCGCUUUUUCCUGCAAUAACAAGACUGUUCAUAAUUUUGGAAAUCAUAAACAUUAAUCGCGCGCGAAGCUGACUUUUGAGAAAAUAUAAAGUAUAAAAUAUAAAGAAAAUAUAAAGAGAGAUAUAAAGUCGCGAUUCCGGCCAAGAGACAUAUCGGAUAUCCUAUUGUAUUCUGCUAUUUGAUUGAAAUUUAAGCUUCUUCAUCAUUAAUAUUGUAUUGGUAAUCGCGAAUCGGUUUGUCACUAACCGCCGACCGACCGACCGACCGAUCGACCGCGGAAUACCUGAAUCGAGAAACCGAGUGAGUGGGAUGUACAUCGUUCGAUGACCUCGCGAGCGAGAGGCGAAUCGCUCUUCUGAUGUUUUCACCAAUACCUUAGAAAGCUUCUCGGCACCGCUCGCGAGAAGACAUGCGUAGCCUUGAAAAUCGCCCGCGGUACAUAUUUAUCUUAUCUCUCGAACAAUCGGAACAGCAAAUGCAUAUUUCUUUCUCGGAUAAUUUCGCUGGAUUGCCUGCACCGUAAUUCGUCGUCAUCAAACACUUGAAAACCCGCACGGAAAUCGUUCUUGCGAAAUUGAUGCAAUUCUCUCGGAAUCCGAACUCUUCGAUAUUCGAGCUAGACCUUGAGAUUAGCAUACAAAUUUUAACGGUACAAGUCCCGCGGAAAUAAAUGCCGUCUUGGAGAAAGAUAUUUACAUUUAUAAAUAUUAAUACAUACAUAUGACAUAAAUACAUAUGCGCGAUAAUAAAUAUGACACAGUGUAUGUUGAAAAAAAAUAUAUGAUUAUUUCUGGAAAGCGGUAAUCAGCCUUGGAUUAUCCGCCUUAGGACGCUCACAUCCUUAUACAACUCGCACCGUAUUUUUCUACCGUUUCACUCCACUUUCCGUGAUCGCCUCACUGUCCCGGGUGCUCACUGGACUAUUACAUACUUUCUACUUGCUCGUUACAGAUAAUCAGUGGCGAACAACCUGCCAUCCGCAAUAUAAGCGGAUUGCUAAAAUGGAUUCGCGAUCACAAAGACUGCGGUUAAUAUGAUAUUCAUUUUAAUUAACGCGUUAAUUUAGCCGUUUCGGUAUUUUUCAAAAUAUCUUAAAAAUGAAAUGCGAUAAAUGCUGGGAAAACUCGAGAAAUCGUGCAUCGAUCGUACAGGAAAUUUUGCUUUUUUUAUUUCGUGAAAUAUUUUGCAAAUUAAACGCUUCUCCUAUCUUCAACUUUGACAUGUGAUACUCAUUGAUGUAUUAUUCAUUAAAAAUGCAAUCAUUUUCUACCUCUAUGAUAACGAUAUCAAUGCUGAGAGGCACAUUUUGCUAUUUAAUUGCGUCUUUUCGACGGUAUAUAAAUUUCUAAAGCAGCGGUUUUGCAUUUGUAUCACUCGACCGGUUGUAUUAGCCACCAACGAUGUGGCAAUUUCUGGUGCUUUUUUUACAAAUUGUCCUGAUAGUCUUAACCACAGCUUUGUCGGAGAAAGAACUGAUCUGCCAUGACGUGAUCUUCUACAAUAUCUGUCGAUACAAUGGAGUGCUUGUUGAAGUUACGCAACAUUAUAAUAUCAGUGCAUUAUUCCUCAAUUACAUGGAACUUUUUUCGAUUCAGGAAGAUGUCUUUAAGAACGUGACAGCAACGCAUUUGUAUCUAAAUAACGGCAAUCUCAUAUCUGACCUGACGAAGGGAUCCUUCUACGGUUUGCCCAACUUGAAGCGCCUUGACCUGGACAGCAACAUGGUAUCAUUGUCGGAACACCUGUUCGCGGAAUUGUCACAGUUGGAGAUGCUUUCGUUAAGCUUCAACACGAUCAAUUCGAUACCGAAGGACUCGUUCGCUGGUUUGUCGAGCUUAAUGUGGCUAUAUUUGAAUAACAAUGAUAUCCCGACGAUCGAAGAGGAAUCUUUUUCGAAUUUAAAUCCCGGACUGUUGUACCUGUGGCUCAACGACAAUAAAAUCUCACACGUAGCGCCUGGCGCCUUCGCCGGUUUAACCGAAUUGAAUUGUCUUCAUUUAAACCACAAUCAGUUGCAGACUUUACCGAGCGGCGCCUUUCGAGGCUUAAAUAAAUUGGAGGUUCUCUACCUAAAUCGUAAUCUGAUAACGAGCGUUUCCAGGGCGCUUCUCAGUGAUUUACUCAAUCUGAAAGAACUCCAUCUAGAGCAUAAUGAAAUCAGAACUCUUGAGUUGGGAACGUUUCAGGAUUUGUCUCUGCUAGAGGACCUACGAUUGAAUGACAAACUGUCUCAUAUUAAAGCCGGCACUUUUGCAGGACUCUCCAAAUUGAAACAUCUCGUACUGUCUGAUAAUAACAUCUACACGAUAGAUAAUGGCGCAUUCUUUGAUCUCAUUGAAUUGCAGAGUCUGUAUUUAGACUUUAACAACAUCACUGAAAUCGAUAAGGAAAUAAGCGGACUUUCAUCUGAGGUUACUGUCUCUUUGACGCCAUUAAGAAUCUGUUUAUUUCUCAAUGCGGAAUUUGUUUGCAACAAUAAAAAGAGUAAAUAAGUCUUGUUGCGAUCUUAUUUUACGUACUCGAGAUAUAAUAAAUUAAUAUGCUUUUUA